AUGUGGGUCAUCUUGACCAUGGCAAGUGCAGUUCACUGGUUCCGAAAGGGUCUGCGCUUGCACGACAACCCUGCCCUGCUUGAUGCGGUGCAAAAUCCCACCACAACGUACGUGUUGCCAGUAUUCUGCCUUGACCCGAUAUUCCUGCGACCCGAGACUGUGGGCGUGAACCGCAUGAACUUUCUGCUAGAGUGCUUACAGGAUCUGGACCAGCAACUUCGCAAGCUGCACUCUAGACUGUUUGUGCUUCGGGGCAAUCCGCUGGAGCAACUACCCGUCUUUUUCCGAAAGUAUCAUACGCGCUUGCUGACGUUCGAGUUCGACACAGAGCCGUAUGCGAAGCAGCGAGACACACAGGUUCGGCGACUCUGUGCCGAGCUGGGCAUCGAGGUGCGCACUCGUGCGACGCACACGCUCUACGAUCCCGAGGAUAUUCGACGUGAACUCGGAGAUCGUCCCACACCGCUUACCUACAAAAGCUUCUACGCGUUCGUAACGGAGCGUCUGGGCCAGCCGAUGAGUGCGCUGGACGCACCCGCGCCUGCGAGCGGUUUCCAAACACCCGAUGUGGACCUGGACACCUACACCGUUCCGUCGCUUUCGGAGCUGGAGGCGUAUCAGGGCCUCGAAGUGGAGACACCUUUCCGCGGUGGCGAGACUGAAGCACUCAGGCGCAUGGAGAACUUUUUACGAGAACGGGCGGAUGAAGUUCGCUCGUUCGCGAAACCCGCGACAUCGCCAACGGCAUGGCCAGUAGCAUCCACGACGCAACUGUCGCCGUACUUCAAGUUCGGCUGCCUAUCGCCGCGGCUCUUUGUCGAGCGCGUCCGCUCACUACGACCGCUCCAGCAACCACCGGUCUCUCUGAUUGGACAGAUCUGGUGGCGGGAAUUCUUCACAUACGUCGCCUAUGUGACGCCGCACUUUCAUCAAAUGCAGGGGAAUCCUAUCUGUCGACAGAUACCGUGGCGAGAAGCUGCAGAUGAUGCACGCUAUAGGGCGUGGGAGGAGGCUCGAACCGGAUACCCCUGGAUCGAUGCUUGCAUGGUGCAGCUGCGACAGGAGGGCUGGCUGCACCAUCUCGCACGACACGCUGUCGCUUGUUUCCUGACACGGGGUGACCUCUGGGUCAGCUGGGAACGAGGUCGUGAGACCUUUGAUCGUCUGUUGGUAGACGCCGACUACAGUCUGAACAAUGCAAAUUGGUUAUGGUUGUCAAGCUCAGCAUUUUUUCAUCAGUACUAUCGCGUCUAUUCUCCGAUCAGUUUCCCCCAAAAGUACGAUCCAAAUGGUGAAUAUGUGCGACAUUUUCUGCCAGUGUUGAAGGAGAUGCCGUCAAAAUACAUUUACACCCCGUGGUUAGCACCAGUUGUGGUGCAGAAAAAGGCCAAAUGCAUCAUUGGUGAGGACUAUCCGCAUCCGAUCGUGGAUCAUGCAGUCGUUAUGCGAGAGAAUAUGAGGCGCAUGCGCGAGGCACUUGACGCGGGCGCUCCGCAGCGUGUUCCGAAGCGGCCACGACGCGAUGCCAACGAAGCAUCGUCAUCGUCAUCGUCGUCAUAG